GGCCUCUGUAUUUUGACCUUCCUUCUUUCCUCAUCCUCUUAUUACUUCUUCUUCUAUUCUCCACUUCUUCUUCACCUCAUGUUUUUCCUUCUUUUCCUCUCCAUCUCCAUUUCUAUCUCCAUCAUCUCCAUCAUUUCUAUCUCCAUCAUCUCCAUGCCCAUCUCCAUCUCCAUCAUCUCCAUCUCCAUCCCCAUCUCCGUCUCCACCAUCUCCAUUGUCUCCACCUUCACCUCUAUUUCCAUCAUCUCAUCACCAUCUCUGUCUCCAUCUCCAUCAUCUCCAUUGUCUCCAUCUUCAUCUCUGUUUCCAUCUCCAUCACCAUCUAUGUCUUCAUCUCCAUCAUCUCCAUUGUCUCCAUCUUCAUCUGUUUCCAUCGUCUCCAUCUCCAUCCCCAUUUCUAUCUACAUCAUCUCCAUCGUUUCUAUCUCCAUCAUCUCCAUGCCCAUCUCCAUCACCAUAUCCAUCACCUUCAUUGGUUCCAUCUGCAUCUCCAUCUCCAUCAUCUCCAUCUCCAUCCCCAUCUCCGUCUCCACCAUCUCCAUUGUCUCCUCCUUCACCUCUAUUUCCAUCAUCUCAUCACCAUCUCUGUCUCCAUCUCCAUCAUCUCCAUUGUCUCCAUCUUCAUCUCUGUUUCCAUCUCCAUCACCAUCUAUGUCUUCAUCUCCAUCAUCUCCAUUGUCUCCAUCUUCAUCUCUGUUUCCAUCGUCUCCAUCUCCAUCCCCAUUUCUAUCUACAUUAUCUCCAUCGUUUCUAUCUCCAUCAUCUCCAUGCCCAUCUCCAUCACCAUAUCCAUCACCUUCAUUGGUUCCAUCUGCAUCUCCAUCUCCAUCAUCUCCAUCUCCAUCCCCAUCUCCGUCUCCACCAUCUCCAUUGUCUCCAUCUUCACCUCUAUUUCCAUCAUCUCCAUCACCAUCUCCGUCUCCAUCUCCACCAUCUCCAUUGUCUCCAUCUUCAUCUCUGUUUCCAUCGCCUCCAUCUCCAUCACCAUCUCUGUCUCCAUCUCCAUCAUCUCCAUCUUCUCCAUUUCCAUCUCUGUCCCUUGAUUGUUGCUUGGAGAUAAGUCCCCUAUCUUGAGUCAAUAGGUUGAUAUUAUAGCAGGGAAAAUGUGUGUAAUGUUUCUGAUAUCUUAUGUUAUGUCUACAUUGGGAGCGCUGUAACUAGCUUGAAGUUGAGAGCUCCUCAGAAGAUGAACUCCAGGAUUUUGGUAGUCAAAGUGGAAUAACUGUAUAGUAUGAAAUGCCCCUGAGUUUCCUUCACUGGAUCACAGUUUUAUGGCAUCUCCCAAAGGAUCAU